GGGGCUUGUGGCGGAAGUGCUCGGUCUCGUUUCCAGGUCUCGCUCGCUGCGUCGGAUCCGUGGGCCCCGCGGCAAGAUGGCGGACCUGUCCCUGGACGAGCUCAUCCGGAAGCGCGGCGUCAACGCCAAGGGCAGGCUCAAUACCAGGCCAGUAUUUGGAGGUGUCAGAUCGCGAAUUGGGAUCCAGCAAAGUCUUCUAAGUAGACCUUCAGCAACCAUCGGUUUCCAGCGGACUUUUGAUGCUCGGCAAAAGAUUGGUCUCACUGAUGCCCGACACAAACUGGGAGUUAAAGACGCCCGAGAGAAACUGGUUCAAAAAGAUGCUAGAUUCAAAAUCAAAGGGAAAGUGCAGGAUGCCCGUGAAAUGCUGAAUUCCCGCAAGCAGCAGAGCGUGGCUGCUGAGAAGGUGACCAAAGUGGUUGAUGCCAGAGAGAAGAUCAGCUUAAAAAGGAGUGCUCCUGCCAUUAUGAGCCCAGCCAUGGGUACAGUGAGCCCAGCCAUGAAAAUCACCAAAACUAUUCAACAGAAGGCUGCAGCUCCAGGACACUCUCAUCCUACGGGAAUGAGGAUCAACGUAGUGAACAACCACACACACAAACAGGCCCCGUAUGACAUGGAAGAUGAUGAUGGAACUGUCUCUCCCCUUCCUAGCAAACAGAUGAAAAUCACCACCACAAACAGUUUCCUGCACAGUGCGGCUGGGUUGAGUGGCAAUAAGUUCUCUCUGUCCAAGACUGUCCCGCUCACCAAAGUGGUUCAGAAUGAUACCUAUACAGCACCCCCAGCCCCACCCUCUCCCAUUCGGACAAAGGCCCUGACAAGUGUGUCCCGGACCUUAGUGACAAAGGAGGAACCACCAAAAGAGCCAGCACCUGUUGAGCCUGUGUUCAGCCCUCUGGAAGGCACAAAGAUGACUGUGAACAAUCUGCACCCACGAGUAACAGAAGAAGACAUUGUUGAGUUGUUCUGUGUGUGUGGCGCUCUGAAGCGAGCCCGUCUGGUGCAUCCUGGAGUGGCUGAGGUGGUCUUUGUAAAGAAGGAAGAUGCCAUUACAGCAUAUAAGAAAUACAACAACAGGUGCUUAGAUGGGCAGCCAAUGAAAUGCAACCUUCACAUGAAUGGAAAUGUCAUCACAUCAGACCAGCCAAUCUUGCUUCGAUUAAGUGAUACUCCCUCUGUGAAGAAGGAAGGAGAACCACGUCGGUCAAGUGCAGCUGUCUCCUCAAAUCCACCAGCUGAGGUGGACCCUGACACUAUCUUGAAGGCGCUCUUCAAAUCCUCAGGGGCCUCUGCCUCCGUGCAGCCUACAGAAUUCAAAAUCAAGCUCUGAGAAGUGGGCAGGAGAGUAGUGGACUGGAAAACUCGCUCAAGUCGAGGAAUGGAGAGAAUAGCGCAGGGACGCAGGCAUUGCUGCGUUUACCUACCGCGCGGUUUUUUGUUUGUUUUCUAUGAUCGCUCCCUUCCUGUACAGUAGUGUUCCCUCUUGUGUGUAUUUUCUGUUUUCAUAGUUGGAAUUCUCUUCCACCUUUUUCCAUAAGAAUAACCUCCCCCUUCUACCAAUUAUAUAUUACCAUGCAUAGACCAUGUAACUCCCUCCCUUGCUCCAAGCCCCAGUGGACAGCCUUUUAAAGUGCACCAGGAGACUGAUGGGGGUGGGGGAUGUAAACACUUCCUCUUCUCUGCUGAUUUACCUUUGAUGGAAAGGCGAAACCACUUAAUUCUCACCUGAAGAUAAUGAGAUUUCAUUCUUAAAGCUGCUGCAUUUGGGUCAGAGCCAGGUGCACUUCUGUGCAACAAGUGACACAAUUUUUUUGUCUUGCAUGCACCUGGUCAUAUGCUACUUCAGCUUAACAGUUGGACAUUUUAUGAAGCAGCAGCCAUGAUGCUGAGAAACUAACCUGCAGCAGCUCCCAUGUAUGCAGACAAAUUGACAGGAGACUUGGGGAGGCUGGGGAAGAUGCAUAUUGGUGCAAAUAUUCAUUUGUUAUGCUGGCACAGUUAAGCCUCUGCUAAUGUCCUGGUGAAUUUCGGCAUUUGAUAGUGUGCUGAGGUGGAGAAAAUAACUCUGGCAUUUAUAGGAUUAAAUAUAUCAGAACCUUUAGAGUACCUAAGGGUGAGUUGUCCUCCUUUUCCUGUUUCUGGACUGACUUCAUGUAUCCAGAACCAAAGGAAAUCAAAUGUUUCCCUUUCCAUUAAGCUGUAUCAUGUGGUAGGUAUUCUGCGGUCCCUGACAUUCAUUCUUUGAGGUGGAAAAGGAAGGGGGUGUUUCUAUGUUCUCUGAUCUGAUUUUAUGGAGUAGUAACCUGGGAACGAAGUUGAACACUAAUUGUAGAAAGCAAUCCCUUUCCUCCUGCCCUUGAGGACUGUGAGUUUUCACAGGGCUCCUUUUGGGUAAUGCUUAGCUCUACACAGGCCUGUAGCUCACAUACUUGGGCAGGAAGGAUGGUGGAUGCACUUCAUGGCUUAAGAGGGAUGGCUGCAGGAGGACAACCGGAGCUCCAGUUGGGAUACGGCAGAGGAAGCGUAGAAACCAGGAGGUCCCAUGUCAAGCAGCAAAGAUGUACCUUCCAAAGAGACUGUCUAUCUCUGGAGAUUCAGCAGCCACUAGGUGGCACUCAGUGCUUCCUUUAUUGGCACACCAUUAAUUUGGUGAAUACUGGAAAGCCAAUAGCUACAUGUACUUGUAUUAAUUUUAAAGUGUAGUAUGAGAAGAGCGGGAAGGUAACAGCCACCCCUGCUUGGGUUUGAACAUUAUCCUUGCAGCUCUGAGACUAACCAGUUCUGUUCAGCCCUGCUGAAAUCCUUUAAGUACUGUAAUCUGUCCAAUACCACUAGCUUCAGACUCUGUUUCUUGGUCUGCUCUUUGUUUCUUUUGCUCUUGUUCUGUGCAAAUUCUUUACUCUGUCCAGCUGGUACAAACCAUUCCUCUCUCACAACAUAUCCCUCUUAGCCAUGGAAAUAACAGAGGACUCAACAGGACUUGCUUUUCUGGAGUACUCAUUUUGGUCUGGAAAUCAACUGCACCAUUAUGGAAAGUACUUCUUGUGAACUGCAGAUGUUUGGGGGGGGAGGGAGGGGAAUUAAGACUGCUAUUGUUCCUCCUUUAGGUCACCCAUCAAACAUCUGCAUUUUAAUAAUAAAAGGGGGUGGGGGGAGUGAGUGUUAGGGGUUGGAGAAGAUUAUGUAUGAUCUGUUUCUGAAUAAACGUUUGUUAUACAGAGAGUGGAUUCUAAGCUUCUUUAGAUGCUAUGAGGCAGCUGAAAGAUCAGAAUGGUGGUGCUGUUAAGAUUUUUAAUCAAGUCUGUUUCACCAGUUGAAACAACUUAGUAUGUACCUAGUGUUUCUGGUUCAGUGCAAAUGCCAUACAUAGCUAAGCAGGUAAUGGAACAGCUGGGCUAUCUUUCAAGUACAAGGUACAAGUAUGAUGAAGCCAUUCAGACCAGGCCUAUUAAGUUGACAGAACUACCAGCUAAUAACUUAUUGUUGUCCUAUGUGAAAUGUCUUCAUCUAGUUCUUAGAUCAGUGUCCAGACCACCAAAAUAGAUGAUGUUGGCAGCCUAGAGACACAAGAAUUAAUAUAGAUAGAAGUACCCUCUGCCUCUUAUGAAGAUGACUGUUCUGUCAGGGCUGAAGUAUAAUGGAGGGUUAGGGAAAGAUCAGUAAACUGAACACCUAUUUGGCCUUUUUCAUGAACAUCAAAAUAACAAAAUUAAACCUUUUAAUUAAAAGAGGAGAUGGUAAAUAUGCACCAUCUCACCUUUUUGGUAGUUCUCACUUCGUGUAGGCUUUCAAAUGCUGUAAGAGUAGAAAGGAAAAUCUGUUCAAUUACACCAUAACUUCUAUAGUGUGUCUGUGUGUUUGGUACCCACCACCACGUUGAGGGCCUCCAAAGCCUUUGAGGGAUGCUACUCCUAUUCCUCAUUAGCCAUUACAGUAUUCUGGAAUGGUGGGACAUAAUCAUCCCUGCUGAUCCUGUCCCGGGCUGUGUGACAUGCUUACCCCCACAAGUUUGGUAUUUCCCAAUAAUCUACACACAUUCUCCUUCCAAGUUAAAUGCUGCUGCCUCUUCCCCUUCUCUUGUGGCACUAGCAAACACACAGCCUGCUUCAGGAUCUUUGCACCCUGUAUCCUGAAUAGAGGACCAAGCCAUCUAAUUUGCCUUUGAGCAUGGCAGUCUGAGCAUACACUCUGCGUUAUCAAUAUCUUAAUGCACUUCUGCAAUCUUUUGAAGGUACUGAGGAAGAAACACUUGCAAGCCCUAUUCAGCACUAGUGUUUCUACCCCAUCCCAUGCAAGAGCACUGUGAUAAGUGUUAUGUUGUGUAUUCUCAGCUGGUGUUGCUGGAUCUUUUGCUCUUAUCAAGCCUAAUAAAUUCUGCAUUUGCCUUUGC